CACUUAUUACUAGUAAACAAAAGUGUCCACCAAGACACACCAAAGCGACGCAUCCGCAUCCGAUUUUCUUCUCGUAUAAAUUAAAUUAUAGCCUUUUUAAUAUAUAUAUAUAUAAUCUUGUCAUACUUCUCUCAAACCCGGUUCUUGUCUGAAGAAAGCAGAAUCAAUCCAUGUCUUUCAGAGGACUUCGCAAGCCAAAUGCAACAUCCGGAAUGGGUGUUGCGGACCAGAGCAAGACCACAUACCACGAGCUCCAGAGGAAGAAGACUCAUCGCUACGUCGUCUUCAAGAUCGACGAACUCAAAAACCAAGUGGUGGUUGAGAAGACAGGAAACCCAGCGGAGAGCUACGAUGACUUCUUAGCUUCUCUCCCCGACAAUGAUUGCAGAUACGCCGUUUACGACUUUGAUUUCGUCACCGCUGAGAAUUGCCAGAAAAGCAAAAUCUUCUUCGUCGCUUGGUCUCCAGACACUUCAAGAGUCAGGGCGAAGAUGGUUUACGCGACUUCGAAAGAGAGGUUUAGGAGGGAGCUUCAAGGGAUUCACUAUGAGAUUCAAGCUACUGAUCCUACUGAGGUUGAUCUUGAUGUCCUACGCGAACGAGCCGACUGAGGAUUAUUUGUUCUCUAUUAAGACGAUUACUUAUGGUAAUGUAAUGAAAAUAAUCAUUCAGGAUUUCUCGUAUUCUCGUCUCGUGGGUGGAUUUGUGUAACCACAGUUUCAUGUUCUAUGGACAAGUGUACUAAACUCAGUUGAUGUUUCAGAUUGCUCAUCUAUAAAACCUCUUUGUAACUUA